AUGACCACGAAACAACAGGUGCUGCGUUCGGUGCCACAAAUAUAUGACCCAUUGGGCUUCAUUCUUCCGUACACCGUCACCGGAAAGAUGCUCCUACAGGAAGUCUGGAAGCACGGGCUGGAUUGGGAUGCUCCGCUACCAGAUGACCUCGCUCAUAAAUGGGGCGCUUGGCACAACGAGCUGCAGGAUCUCAACGACAUUGAAAUACCACGCUGUUACUCACCGGACAUUAGCACUGAGAUCCAGCCACAGCUACACUUUUUCUCUGAUGCUAGCCCCGGCAUGUACGGUACCGUUGUUUAUCUACGUCUCGGCGGCUGCGCGGACGGAUACAAAACGCAACUGAUCGCAGCAAAAUCAAGAAUAGCACCAGUGAAGGAGAUGACUCUAGCUCGUAUGGAACUACUUGGUGCACUGAUGUCAGCUCGUCUCGCCAGGUACUUGCGGGACAAUUUCAAGCUCACCACCUCCGAUUACUUUUGGACAGAUUCAAUGAUUGCUUUGCAAUGGAUACGAGGGGAUGCAAACCGCUGGCCGCAGUUUGUGCGCAACAGGGUCACAGAAAUUCAACAUAAGGUAGAGAAAGAUCGAGGGAGAUACGUGGGAACACGAGCAAAUCCCGCCGACCUGUUGACGCGAGGAACAAGUCCCAAGAAAUUGCUACAGUCGAAGCUGUGGUGGAAAGGACCAUCAUGGCUGGUGGAAUCUGAUGACAAGUGGCCAUCUCCUGAAGUCAAUGAGACGACACAGACUCACGUUCAUGAAGAGCAGAUUGCGCUCCAGACCAUCGCACCAUCGUGCUCGGAUCCGGCUCGGAUCCGGUGA